AUGGGUGACAAGUAUGCGUCUCUGCAGAGGGCCCAGCUGCACCUGGAUUUCAUCCAUGCCAACUCCACUACUCACAGUUUCCUUUUUGGAGCACUAGCUGAGUUGCUGGACAAUGCAAGAGAUGCAGGAGCUGCAAGAAUUGAUGUGUUCUCAGUGGAUAAUGAAAAACUGCAGGGUGGAUUCAUGCUGUGUUUCCUGGAUGAUGGAUGUGGUAUGAGCCCUGAGGAAGCUAUGGAUAUAAUUUAUUUUGGAACAUCCAAGAAACGGGUAUCAAACCUGAAGUUUAUUGGACAGUAUGGCAAUGGGCUCAAAAGUGGCUCCAUGAGGAUUGGGAAAGACUUUAUUCUUUUUACAAAGAAGGAAGAAACAAUGUCUUGUGUGUUUUUCUCUCAGACAUUCUGCAAAAAAGAAGGUCUUAAUGAGGUCGUUGUCCCUAUACCUUCAUGGGUAACGAGAACCAGAGAAUCUCUUACAGAUGAUCCUCAAAAAAUGUCAUUGGAGUUGUCUAUAAUUUAUAAGUAUUCUCCAUUUAAGAAUAAAGAUGAAUUGAUGCAGCAGUUUGAUUUCAUCUAUGGGAAAUGUGGUACUUUGCUGGUUGUUUUUAAUUUGAAACUUCUGCUUAGCGGAGAACCAGAGUUGGAUGUUAAAACUGACAAAGAAGAUAUCCUGGUGGCUGGAGCUCUUGAGGAUUUUCCAGAGAGGUGGUCACUCAGAGCCUAUACGUCUGUUCUGUAUUUUGAACCUUGGAUGAGAAUAUUUAUUCAGGCCAAAAGAGUAAAAACAAAACACUUAUGUUACUGUCUCUACAGACCCAGAAAGUAUCAGUAUGCCACAUUUUCUUUUAAGGGAGCACUUAAAAAAGAAGUUCAAAAGGCUGAAGAAGCAGUAAAAUUUGCGGAACUCAAGUUGAAAGAAAAACAAACGGAAGUUAACCAGCCGGGUAGGACAUCUUUGUGCUCUCUGACCAAGGAUGUACUGCAGAAAGCUUUGGAAGAUGUAAAAGCAAAGCAUAAUAUUCUCAAAGAGAAAAAGAGAGAAUUAAAGAAAGCGAGAACUCUCUCUCUGUUCUUUGGAGUAAAUUUAGAAAGCAAAAACCAAGAUGGAAUGUUCAUUUACAGUAAUAAUCGCUUGAUCAAAAUGCAUGAGAAAGUGGGCCCACAGUUGAAACUGAAGUCCUUACUUGGUGCAGGUGUAGUUGGAAUUGUUAAUAUACCCUUGGAGAUCAUGGAGCCAUCUCACAAUAAACAAGAUUUUCUCAAUGUUCAAGAAUAUAAUCAUCUACUAAAAGUCAUGGGACAGUACUUAAUCCAGUACUGUAAGGACACUGGCAUCAGUAACAGAAAUCUCACUUUGUUUUGCAAUGUUUUGAAAAGCCAGAAUAAUGAAGAUAAAGGAGAAUACUUAGAUUCUAUUAACUGUCAAAGAAGAGAAGCAAUGACUAUCCCAUCCAUUAUUCAGUGUGAUCUCUGCCUUAAAUGGAGAAUUUUGCCUUCUUCUACUAAUUAUCUGGACAAAAAUGCUUUUGACAUCUGGAUUUGUGCUCAUAAUCCUAAUCUCUCAGAAAACAGUUGUAAUAAGGCUCAACGCUUACCUUCCAUACCUAUGGGAACCAUGAACAUUGUGUCAUCAUCAAAGCAUGAGAAAAAGAAGCAACUUCAAGACUUUGUCCAAAGGCAUCACAACCAACUGGAUGAAUGGCAGCCACAGUCUCAGUUUAUACCAACAAGUAGAAUCUCUGAGUUCACUGCCACUUGCCAAACUUCAUCUCCUAAGGAAAAUAUGAAAACUCAGAAAACCCGGCCUUUAGACCAAGACUUGAAGCUUGACUCCCUUGCAUCCAACGAAUUGUCUGUCAGUAAUAGAGGCUGGAAAAGAAAUGCAGAAGGGACACACUCUGAUAAAGAAUAUGUCUCAGAGACUAAUAUAAUGAAGAUGUCUGUGUUGAAGAAAGUGAAAUUUCAACAGCCAAAGCACCCAGCAACUGAAUCAGAAAAUGUCAAACUAGCUAAGAGAUACCAGGCUCCUUCAGGGGAAAUGAACAUGAAGCAGAAUCAAAACCUUGAGCAGGACUGUACAGCUUUGAUUGAAGUUAAAGACAGCAUCGGCUAUCCAGAUGUAAUCCUGAUUUUGGAUGACAAUGAAGCUGAUCUCUCAUUGAAAGAGGAAGAAAAGGAAACUUCUCUCAUGGUAAAAGAAAAACAAGACUCACAUAAUGAUACUCUAGAAAUAAAGAGAAAUUUUUCAUUACUUAACUGGGAAAGUGAACCAAUAGAAGAUUUUAAUUCAAGUCCUAUAAACAGUGCUAGCAUGUCUGUGAAUGGUGCCUGUAGAAAUGCUUCUUCACUGCCAGAGGCUCCUAAAAGCACAUUUAUCAAGGAAACGGUGAAAAAAUUGUUGUGUAACUUAAGGGAGAUUUUUCUGCAUUUUUCCCCAGAUAAUCAGCUACCAUCAGAAUUUGGCUUUACUUCUAUGGAGGAACUUAUACAAAGUUCUGAGCUGAAGCAAGGUCCAGAGCACACAAAUAAAAAGCUGAAAAUGUGUCUAAACCAGAUCCAGAAAAUUUACAUGGUCCAACAUGAAACAAAUGUAAGGAGAAAAAUGCAAUCCAUUAUCUGUGAUGCAAAUAGAAAAGAAAUGAAUAUCCAAGUAUCACUUGGGAAGUGUGAAGAAAAAAGAAAAGCUGCUGAAGAGAGACUGAAUAAUCUUCGCAAAAAACUAGCAUUGUUGCUGCAGAAACAUCAGUUGGGUCAUCCAGAAGAUCUAGAGCAAAUUGACAAUUAUUUAGAAACCUUCCUUCUAGAAGAUGGCUUCCUUUCCCGAAUUUCUAUAAAUAGACUGCAGAGAUAG